CGCUUCGCCGCCGCCGCCGUCGUCGCACUGUUGCCGUCAGCGAUGCUCAAGGUCUUGCUCCUCGCCGCGUCCGCGCUGGCCUUCGCGCCGCCGCGCGCGGCCCUGCGCCCCCCGGCGCCGGCCCUCGCCUCGACGGCGGCGCCCGAGGCGGAGACGUUCCAGUUCAGCGCCGAGACGGACCGCGUCAUGGAGAUCAUCAUCAACAGCCUCUACAGCGACAAGGACGUGUUCCUGCGCGAGCUCGUGUCCAACGCCGCCGACGCCUGCGACAAGAAGCGCUUCCUGUCGCUGUCCAACGGCGAGGCCGCGGCCGACGCGCUCCGCGUGCGCAUUACCGCGGACGCGGACGCGAGGACGCUGACCAUCGAGGACACGGGCGUCGGCAUGAGCCGCGACGAGCUCGUGACGAACCUCGGCAAGAUCGCGCGGUCUGGCACCAAGGCCUUCAGCGAGGCGCUCGGCGACGGCGCGUCCGACGACGUGAACCUCAUCGGGCAGUUCGGCGUCGGCUUCUACUCGGGCUACCUCGUCGCGGACAAGAUGACGGUCCUCACCAAGUCCAUGAACGGCGGCGGCGUCCACAAGUGGGAGAGCGACGCCAAGGCGGGCUACACCGUGGAGGCGAGCGACGAGGCGCUCGAGGGCGACUCGGGCACGAAGAUCACGCUCGCCUUAAAAGAGGACUGCGCCGAGUACCUCGAGGACCUCACGCUGCGCAAGCUCCUCAAGCGCUACAGCGAGUUCCUCCAGUUCCCCAUCGAGCUCUACACGGAGAAGACGGAGUACGAGUCCGUCGUCGACGAGGAGAAGUCCAAGGAGGGCGAGGAUCCCGGUCAUGAAGGCUACGACGUCGUCAACUCCAUGCGGCCCCUCUGGCUCCGGCCGCCCAAGGAGGUCAACGGUACGGAGCACACGGAGUUCUACCAGUCGGCCUUCCGCGCGUUCGACGAGCCCCUCAAAACGAUCCACUUCUCCCUCGAGGGCCAGGUCCAGUUCAAGGCGCUCCUCUACGUGCCGAGCCGCAUCCCCUUCGAGCUCAACAACAACAUGUUCGACGAGAGCGCCAACGCCAUGAAGCUCUACGUGAAGCGCGUCUUCAUCAACGACAAGUUCGAUCUGGUCCCCCGGUGGCUCGUCUUCCUCCGGGGCAUCGUCGACUCCGAGGACCUGCCGCUCAACGUCGGCCGCGAGAUCCUCCAGAAGUCGAAGAUGCUGUCCAUCAUCCAGAAGCGCCUCGUGCGCAAGUCCAUCGACGCCUUCCAGGACAUCGCGAAGAACGAGACGUCCUACGACUCCUUCUGGACGAAUUUCGGCAAGUACAUCAAGGUCGGCGUCGUCGAGGAGUCCGGCGACGUCCAGAAGGACCUCGGCGGCCUCUGCCGCUUCUUCUCGACGAAGUCGGGCGACGGCUACACGACGCUCGCGGAGUACGUCGAGCGCAUGCCGGAGAACGCGACGAAGAUCCUCUUCGUCUCCGGCGAGUCCAAGGCGGGCGCGGCGAUGUCGCCGGUGCUCGAGCGCCUCAAGAAGGAGGACUACGAGGUGCUCCUCCUCCCGGAGCCCCUCGACGAGCUCGUCGUCCAGAGUUUGGCGGAGUUCGACGGCAAGAAGUUGAUCGACGCGUCGAAGGACGACCUCGAGGACAUCUUCAAGGACGACGACGACGACGACGACGACGCGGGCGACCUCGAGCGCGUGCUCGACUUCCUCAAGGACCACCUCGGCAAGAAGAUCACGGGCGCCAAGGUCUCGAAGCGCCUCACGUCGUCGCCCGCGGCGCUCGUCGAGGGCGCCUACGGCAUGUCGCCCGUCAUGCGCCGCUACAUGCAGGCGCAGGCGACGACGGCCGACGACUUCAACGCCUACGGCACCGCGAGCCCCGUCAUCGAGAUCAACCCCAAGUCGCCCGUCGUCCUCGCGCUCCGCGACGGCGACCUCGACACGCCGGAGGCCCGCGACUCCGCGGACCUCCUCUUCGACGUCGCGUCGCUCACGGGCGGCUACGACAUCGCGGACGCGGGCGCCUUCGCGACCAAGGUCACGGCGCUCAUGGGCGGCGUCACCAUCCCGCCGAAGCAGGACGAGCCCGAGGAGGAGCCCAAGGACGUCGAGGUGCUCCCCUAGGGGGCCGCGCGCGAGGAGCCUAAGAAGACCCAGG